AAAUUAAUAAUAAUUUUUUUUAAAUACUUUAAAACAAAGUGACUUUUUACUUCAAAAUUUAAAGAGAAGUAAAAAAAAAGUGACAAAAAAAACAUUUUGUGAAAAUAUUUGAAGAAAAAAAAUCAAAAUUUAUCCUCAAACGAAUAAAAUGGCAGCUCUUGCCCAUCCAAAUUACGGUUUUUCGCUUCCAACGGGUUUAGAAAUGCCCACACCCGGAGACUUUGCUCCUCAGCCAUCACACAGUCCGGAUUCCAGCAUGAAACGAGGUCUUUUCCCUCCAACAUCUCUCGCUGGCUUGACUGCUCAAACGCAUCAAGCCCAACAUCACAUGCAUGGUCAUAUGAGUCCCGGAGAUGGUCACAUCAAACGUCCCAUGAACGCAUUUAUGGUAUGGUCUCGUUUGCAACGUCGCCAAAUUGCCAAAGACAAUCCAAAAAUGCACAAUUCUGAGAUUUCAAAACGUUUGGGCGCCGAAUGGAAACUCUUGACGGAAUCACAAAAACGUCCCUUCAUCGACGAAGCAAAGAGAUUACGAGCACUUCACAUGAAGGAACAUCCCGACUACAAAUAUCGCCCACGUCGCAAGCCCAAAAAUCCCUUGGCUAAUGCAGCAAACGGCUUACAAGGCAUGACAAAUGCUAAAAAUCAACUCAACUCGUCGUACAACCCGUUCCAUCAAUUGCCUCCAUAUUUCACACAAUCCGCACAUCCAUUGGAAAAUUAUUCCGUGCCAUAUUUCGGGGGAUUUGAUCAUUUGGCUCUGACAAAAUUGCAUCAAUCGCAGCAAGCGCAACAGCAAGCCGCCCAACAACAACAACUCUUGGAAGCACAAAAGGCUCCUCAAGUACCAACCACACUCAAUUCAUUCUACUCAGGCAUCUAUUCGGGCAUUUCGGCGCCUUCGCUGUACGCUGCUCACUCACAAAACCUCUAUAGCUCGUCGACGACAAGCAGUGUAUCGCCCGGAUCGUCACCCGGAUCACAAACAACACUUCCCGAUAUCGAUAGUUCGUUACGGAGGCCCGUGCCUGUCUUAUACUAAGCACGUGGUAUUUUAAUAAGAGUUAAGGUGUUUUAAAUAAUUAAGUGUUAGGUAACAAAAAAACGUAAAAAACAUUCCAAUUUAUAAAAACUGUUGUUUUUUGAAUUAAUUCUCACUUCACUUCGUGAUAUUAUAUGAUGUCAUGUAACCCAGUUUAUCAAGAGUCUCUUUACCUGUUAAUAUUAUUUUUGCUUUACCGUCGGACUCGACAAUAUCUUCUUACAUUCCUUCCUAAUAAAUAAUUAUUUGUUUAUGUAUAGAUAAAUAAAAAAAACUUCUACUCUGUUCUUUUCUUAUAAAAUUUUUUUUUUCUAAAUGACCAAAAAUAGAAAUGUAAAUAAUAUGCUGAACAGAGUAGAUUAAACCUAAGAUUAUUUUAUAUAUAAAAAAAUAAUAAUAAUGAAAUAAAUAAGAGUACAACUAAAAUAAAAAAAAAGUAUUAUA